CUGCAGGGAGGCAGAACUGGCGCGGGCUCCUGGCUGACUCGCGUGUUGGAGGGCGGGGGGAAGUCGUCGUGGGAAUCGGGUCCGCCGGGCCGCUCUUGUGCAUUUCUGCCCGCCUUCGCCCCGCAGCCGCCGGCCGGCAUGGUGAUCGAGGACGUGGUGCCGCUGGAGAGCUCCGGCUUGGCCCGGCUGCUGCGGGACCCGCAGGAAAGCGGCCGCACGCUGGUGCUGGACUGCCGGCCCUUCCUGGCGUACUGCCAGGCGCACCUGCUGGAGGCGCGGCCCGUGCACUGGAACGGGCUGCUGCGGCGGAGGUCCCGCGGGCGGAGCGGGGUCGGCCUGGAGCGGCUGGUGCCGGACCGGGCGCUCCUGGGCCGGCUGCGCAAGGGCGAGCUGGCCCACCUGGUGGUGCUGGACGAGGCCGGCGGUUCCGUCUCGGCUCUGCGGCCGGACAGCCUGGCCAGGCUGCUGCUCAACGCGCUGCUGCGGGAGGAGCGAGCCGGGACGUCGCACAUCUACCUGCUGCAAGGUGGCUUUGAACACUUCCAAGCCAACUUUCCAGAACUGUGCGCAGUGGCACCACCUACCUUGGCGCCUUCCACAGCCUUAAGAAGCCCUGAAGACAAUGGUGGAGAAGUGGUGACUCCCUUGUAUGACCAGGAUGGACCGGUGGAGAUCCUACCUUUCCUUUACUUGGGUAGCUGUCACCAUUCCUCCAACAGAGAGGUGCUGGAGUCCCUGGGAAUCACAGCGGUCCUUAACGUCUCUUCCAGUUGUCCCAACUACUUUGAAGGACACUUCCUUUACAAGAGCAUUCCAGUAGAAGACAAUCAAAUGGCCGAUAUCAGCAUCUGGUUCCAGGAAGCCAUUGAUUUCAUUGACUCUGUGAAGGCCGGCGGUGGGCACGUGCUGGUACACUGCCAGGCUGGCAUCUCCCGCUCAGCCACCAUCUGCCUCGCCUACCUGAUCCAGAGCCAACGGGUGCCGCUGGAGGAGGCCUUUGAUUUCAUCAAGCAGCGCCGCGGAGUCAUCUCCCCCAAUUUUGGCUUCAUGGGGCAGCUCCUGCAGUUUGAGACGGAGGUGCUCUGCCAUUAGCCGGGGGCUCCUGGUUGCUCUGCGGAGGAGGAGGAAGAGGCCAGGCGGCUUCUUACGGACCACAGGUGGGGAGGGGGGGCAUUCCUGUUUACAUCCCAGAUUUUUUUGGGGGGGAGAGAACCGCGAGCUGGGCAAUGGCCUCCUCCCUUUUCUUUUAUUGCACUGAUUGGUAGCAAGGAAUCCCCAAAGCGGGAAAGGACUCGUCCUGUCCCGUGUGAAAUUGCCGCGAUGACUUAUUCCGUGACUAUGAAAGAAAAAGUGAAUAAGCUGGAAAUGAAGAGAAAUAAAUGUGAGAUGAGCAGGUUCAACACUGUUGGCAGGAACCGCUCGGCCCCUCUGGUGAACUCCGUUGUCCCCAGGGAAGAGAACCAAAUGUUAUUUAUUUGUACAUUGUUCUACGAGUGAAUCCCACUGGCGGCUAGUUGGUGCGUUGCGUAAAUCGAACCCGAGUACAGGUAGUCCUCAACGUAUGACCACAAUGGAGCCCCAAAUUUACAUUGGCUAAGUAAGACGUUUGUGAAGGGAGUUUUGCCCCAUUUUGAUCACGGGGAUGCUGCAGUGUUCAUAGGUGUGAAAAAUGGUCAUAAGUCCCUUUUUCCAGUGCUGUUGUAACUUGGAAUGGUUGCUAAAUGAACUGUUGUAAGUUGAGGACUAUCUGUAUCUACCCUUGGGUCCUCCAAAAUUUGAUUUGGUGCCAUUCUUUCUAGCCCAGGUGAUGCAUGCUUGGGUGUCUUGGAUGCUCCCAACAUCCUUGGAGGACUUCAAGUCAUGGACUGAAAUCACCACAUUUUUUUAAAAAAAAGUCAUAAUAUAUAUUAAAAUAACAGUUUAAAAAAGAGAUCCAGGUUGCCGAUAGUCAUACAUUUGAAAUGGGGGCAAGUUCAGGUUGCUGCUACACCAGGGGUCUUCAGACUCGGCCCUUUUAUGACUUGUGGACUUCAACUCCCAGAAUCCUGGGAGUCAAAGUCAUAAAAGGGCCAAGUUUGAAGACCCCUGUGCUACACUGUUGGUCAUCAAAGCAAUACUCAAUUGUUCCUCCAUACGUGUGCUAUUAGGAGAAUCUCUUUCUUGAUGGACAUUGAUUUCAAAAUGUCUUCUGCACUUUAUAUUUAUUAUCACCCGUUGCAAUAAACAACCACUUUUUAUAUGGCA